AUGCAGUCCUUCUUCGGUAAAAAGCAAGGACGGCCCACGGCCGUCUCCACCGUCACUGUCAAGAAAAAGGUCUCCGCCGCCCGGCCCACUGCCCCGCUUCCCGGACUCCCUGGCCUUCCUCCGCACAAGUCAGCGCGCGUGCCGUCAGCCCCGCCCCGGCCCAGGCCCGAUGCGCGCCUCAAGGUGCUCUCGCGCGGGACGUCGCCCAAGGCCAAGGCGUCGGGUUCGGCGUCGCCAGCGCGGCCCCGCAAGACGCCAGCGGCCGAGAUGCGGGUGCUGCCCGAGUCAGACGACAGCAGUGAGGACGAUGCGCUCGACGCGUUUGACCGAAAGCGUCGCCGCAUUGCCACCAGCAACGUCGUCACGCCGGAUUCCGGCGAUGUGGAUAUCGAGAGGAAGGUGUUCUGCCCGGCACUCGUCGACGAGCGCGGCGAGUUUGGGCGCGAGUGGGCGGGGUUCGUGCCAUGUGAAGAGGCUGUUUCUGGCGUCGUACGAGGGUGGGCCGGCGGCCAGAAGGGAUCUACGAGCAAAGGUGGCCGAGACAAAUACCUUCCCUACUUCCCCCAACCAGGCUUUGAAAACGCGGAUCCGAUGCCGUCAGUCAACCUACGGUAUCCGUCUGGGGCGGUGGAGACGUUUGUUCUGUUAACGCCCCACUCAUCACGAGACUCGCGAGAAUACAACCCCGUUUCCGAGUUAAAGGCGGCAUUGGGAAUGAUUCUCAAGCGCUUCAUCAAGGCGAUGCAACGCUUUAACGUGGCGCUCGCGGACCUGCAAGAGGACGGGACGCUGGCCGCGUGGCUCACCAACCCCGAGUAUCGGAUCUCGCGGAGCGAGUGGUCGGCACUCAUUAACGUCGUGCACGAUUCGGCGUACAACCGCGUGGUCGGGCCGUUCUCGGAUCAGUUGGAGCACCAUCCAAAACACCCAGAAUCUGUCGCAGCCGCCAUCAGCGAGAAGGAGGACUCGUACGGCGAGCUGGGCAACAUCUUCAUGAACAAAGUCAUCGAACAGACUGGCCUUGGGCCUAGCUCCGUGUUCGUCGACCUCGGCAGCGGCGUCGGGAACUGCGUCAUGAGAGCCGCCAUGCAGGCUGGAUGCGCGAGCUACGGCUUUGAAUUACUUCCCAUCCCAUCACAGUGCGCGCGUCGGCAGCUGCGCGAGGUCCAGCGCCGUUGGGCAAUGUGGUGCCUUGAGGGCAAUCUCAAUGUCAACUGCCAUGAGGGCGACUUCCGCACCCAUCCUGAAGUGAGACGGCGUCUGACCGAGGCAGACGUCGUGCUCGUCAACAACGAGGUGUUCCCCUCGUCGCUGAACAUGGACCUCACCCACCUCUUCCUCGACCUCAAGGAGGGAGCUACGAUUGUGUCGCUAAAACCGUUCGUCCCAGAAGGCUUCCGCAUGAACGAGUUGAACUGCGAUUCGUUUGCUGCAAUCCUCCGCUCUACAUCGCACCCAUACUAUUCAGACUGGGUGUCGUGGAAGGGCGACGGCGGGCGAUAUUACGUGCAGGUGGUCGACCGCGCGCAGCGUAUAAAGUAUGAGGAAAAGAUGAACGGGCGGAGGAGUCGGGGCUAG